AUGGGGGAUCAAGAUCCAGAGAAAGCAGUAGAAAUGCAGGGUUUGAAGCUGAACAGAGUCCAAGAGUUUAAGUACCUUGGUUCCACAGUGCAAAGCGACGGGGCAUCAGACAAGGAGGUUGGUAAGAGGAUACAGGCGGGAUGGAAUGCUUGGAGAAAGAUCACUGGGCUGCUAUGCGACAGACGGGUCCCAGCAAAGCUGAAGGGCUGGAUAUUCAAGACAAUGGUACGACCGGCGAUGCUGUAUGGGAUGGAGGCAGUCGCGGUAACGAAGGGACAAGAGAGGAAGAUGGAAGUAGCUGAGAUGAGGAUGCUACGAUUCUCACUGGGAAAGACCAGGCUAGACCGGGUACGAAACAGCACCAUCAGAGAGACAAUGGGGGUAGGCGAAUUAGAGAAGAAGCUGAGGGAGUGCAGGUUGAGAUGGCUAGGACAUGUGUUCUUCUCUCUGUCUAGCUCCUCUGCAUAUGCUUUAUUAGACUUCUUUUACAGUACCUCCAUAGUCUGUUCGGUCUAG